AUGGGAAUCAAAGGCUUGACGAAGCUGCUUAGCGACCACGCCCCCGGGUGCAUGCGGGAGCAGAAGUUCGAGAGCUACCUCGACCGGAAGGUCGCCAUCGACGCGUCGAUGCACAUCUACCAGUUCAUGAUGGUCAUCGGGCGACAGGGCGACCAGACGCUGACGAACGACGCGGGCGAGGUGACGUCCCACCUUCAAGGGAUGUUCAUGCGCACGUGCCGGAUGUUAGAAGCCGGGAUCAAGCCCGUGUACGUGUUCGACGGGAAGCCGCCGACGAUGAAAGGCGGCGAGCUCGCGAAGCGAAAGGACAAGCGCGACGAAGCCGAAGCCGCGCUCGCUAAAGCGAAAGAAGCCGGCGACCAGGAAGAGAUCGAGAAGAUGUCCAAGCGCACUGUGCGCGUGACGAGGCAGCAGUCCCAGGAGGUCAUGCAGCUCGCGCGUUUGAUGGGCCUCCCCGUGUUCGAAGCCCCGUGCGAGGCGGAGGCGUCCUGCGCGGCGCUGUGCAAAGCCGGGUUGGUGUACGCCGCGGCGUCAGAGGACAUGGACACGCUCUGCUUCGCGUGCCCGAAGCUCGCGAGGAACUUGAUGUCCCCGGCGUCGCAAGGGAAGCCGAUCUUGGAGUUCGACUACGAAAAGAUCCUCACCGAGCUCGAUAUGACGUGGGAGCAGUUCAUCGACGUGUGCAUCUUGUGCGGGUGCGAUUACUGCGACAGCAUCAAAGGCGUCGGGCCGGUGAAAGCGGUGUCGCUCAUCAAGAAGCACGGGAACAUCGAGACGCUGCUGCAACACCUGGACACGGAGAAGUACCCGGUCCCCGAAGACUGGCCGUACAAAGAAGCCCGAGAGCUCUUCAAGCACCCGGACGUCGUGAACACGGACGGUCUAGAGCUGAAGUGGACGGCGCCGGACGAGGAAGGCAUCGUCGCGUUUCUCGUCGGGGAGAAGCAGUUCGGGGAGGAGCGCGUGCGGAAUACGUUGAAGAAGCUCAAGGCGGCGAAGGGGAAGAGCAGCCAGAACAGACUCGAGUCGUUCUUCGGCGCGGUGACCGUGAAGUCCUCGACGACCGGGAAGAGGAAGGAG